AUGCCGUUCUGUGGUUUGGGGAUGCCAGUGGCCAAUAUUACCACGCGAAGAAAAGACCAGUUGACCGUGUUACUUUUGGCUGAUGUGGAAGAGCGGGAGGAUGUACUGAGGGCGCGUCAACGGACGAAUGCUCGACGGGGCAAUUUGUUGUUCGGUCGAGCAAAUUUCGCCAGAAAGCACCGAUUCCUCCCUGAUCGGCCAAGCGAGCUUAAUCGCCGCUCUGUCCAUGCAGUUCGAGCGACCCAGGAAGGAUCAAGCUCCGAAGUCUCUAGUUUAGGCAGUUCGGAUAGUGACGGUGACCUACGCUACGGAGACGGAGAAAGACCUAGGGUCAAGGACCCCGAGGGACCAAACAUUCAGAGAGGUUGA